AUGCCGAUAAAUUCAACGAAGAAGGGUCAAGCGUCGAAAUCCGCUUCGCAACCCGCUAAUACAACCCCGGCCAAGACUAGCAGGAAACGCAAGAUGGAUGCCGAUUCUCAGAAAUACUAUGCCGUAAGAGCUGGAGUAAACCCAGGUGUCUAUUUAACGUGGGCGGAAUGCCAGGAGCAGACCGCGGGAUUCAGAGGUGCUUCUUACAAGUCCUUCCUUAGCAAGGAGGAUGCCGAGGCAUAUGUUGCCGGUAAGAAGACGUCUGCAGCCGCCCCGGGCGAAGAGAGAUUUUAUGCGGUGGCUGUCGGUAGAGAGCCUGGAGUUUAUACCGAUUGGGACACGGCGUCGCUUGCGAUCAAGGGAUGGAAGGGCCCGAAAUACAAGAGAUUCGAUACUCGCGAGGGUGCGAUAGAAUACAUACGGACCCAUGGGAAUGAGGCGGCACAGGAGGCUCUCUUAAAAGACGAAGGUGGUGAGCCCUCUUCGAAAAAGCGCAAGAAGUCCGCAGGUAGCGACGCCAAUAAACUUGAAGAUGAGAAGGAUGUCUUACGCGUCUAUACGGAUGGUAGUAGUCUUGCCAACGGUCGUGUCGGUGCUGCCGCCGGCGUUGGCGUCUUCUUUGGACACGGUGACGAAAGAAAUAUAUCAGAGCGCCUUCAGGGUGAAAUACAGACAAACCAACGGGCUGAAUUAACGGCCAUUCUUCGAGCCUUAGAAACUGUACCGGUUGAACAAAAAAUACGCAUCUUCUCGGACAGUAAAUAUUCGAUUAGUUGCGCGACGGAAUGGUACGUGAACUGGCAGAAGAAUGGCUGGAGGACUAAAGACGGACCGGUGAAGAACAAAGAUCUCGUCGAAGCUAUCCGAGCUAAGAUCGAUGAGCGCACCGAAGCUGGAACGAAAACUUUCUUCCAAUGGGUAAAGGGCCACGCAGCUGAUGCCGGGAACGUAGCGGCGGACGAACUCGCCGUGAACGGCGCAAGACAGAUGAUAUAA